ACACAUUCAUAUGGAGAUUGGGGACUAUAUAAAGGAGGGCUGAAGCCAGGAGAGACCAGAUCCUCUCUACAGAGACCUCUACAGCAGAGAACCACACAUGGCUCCUACAAUCACUUCAGUGAUGACUUCUCCUCAGAAUCACCAAACUUUAACACACAAGAUCAGAAAACCACUGGUGGAAAAGCUACGCAGAGAGCGAAUCAACAGCAGCAUUGAGCAGCUCAAGUCUCUGCUGGGUCCAGAGUUCCUCAAACAAGAACCUGACUCCAAGAUGGAGAAAGCAGACAUUCUGGAGAUGACAGUUGACUUCCUGAGACAACUGCAGCUCUCUCGCCAUGGAAACUCUGUCACAGGUUUAACAGCUGCCAACCAGGGUCACUCCAGGUGUGUCCAGGAGGUGGUCCACUUCCUGUCAAAGGAUGAGGUGAAGACACUGUCCAACAGAAGAAUGUUGGAUCACUUCCAGAACCUUCGGACCUCCUCUGAUACAAGGCUGACUGAGGGUGGUUCAAUUCAGCUGAGCUCUCCACUCAAGAACAAUAUCACCAAAGAGAAGAGUUCAGUUAACAGCGCCAUCUGGAGGCCCUGGUAGAAACCUACACACUGGAGGUACCAGACAACAUUGACCAUGUUGGUCACAACAUGUUGUCAAGGUAUAAUAUUAACUCAAUAUUGAUGUUCGAAUAUCAUGUUAUUCUUCUAAAAGAAGACCUCCACAUAUGUUUCUGCUACAUGUUGUAGUGUACUGUAUCAACUGUCUGUUAUUACAGACUCACAGAGGAGCUUUUGCUGCUUUAAAGUUUGAUGGUCAAACGUAAUUGCAAAUCUUUCUAAAAAUAUUGAGCCUCUUUCUCCAAUGUAAAGAUAGGGCAUGUUUAGUGCAUCUAUUUCCAUUUAAGGAAACAUUUUAUACCGUAUAAUUAAUUUCUAAUGAUCAUAUUGAUCUAUUCUGCGUUCUUACUUUAAAUCUUUGAUUUUAAAUCUGUGCUCUAUCAAUUACUGAUCUGUUACAAGAUCAAAAGUAACUUUUAUCUGUUUGCAUUGUGUGAGGUUAUUCUUACACACAGUUGGUGACAUUUCUAUUUUCAGGAAAAUUACCAUCUUUAUUUGUCGCAAGCAUUACUAUUCUAAUUAGAUCCUAAUUGAUCACUUCGUGAUGACAAAUUCCUGAUCAGUUAUAUGAUCAUGUUGCUCGUUUGCUUUUAUGAUGAAGCAUAAAACAUUGGAUUCAUAAUGAACAAUGAGCUGCAAAUUACAAUAUAAUGUCAACUCAAUAUUGUUACAUGUAACAUAUCUGGUAUGUCUUCUAUGAAGACAACUGUUGAAUGUAUAUCCUCUACUCUGUUUGAGUACAAUGUGUUUGGAGAUCUUUUUCUAAUGAAUGUUGUGAUGUGUCAUCACCUCUAUUGGACUUCAGUUGAAGUUUUAUGGUUCUGAAAUCGUCUGUUUGAAUA